AUGGGUGUCACUGGCCUCUGGACGGUGGUGCAGCCUUGCGCCCGACCUAUCAAACUCGAAACCCUUAAUAAGAAACGGCUGGCCGUCGACGCGUCGAUCUGGAUCUACCAAUUCCUGAAAGCAGUACGCGACAAAGAGGGAAAUGCACUACGAAACUCCCACGUUGUUGGAUUCUUUCGCAGGAUAUGCAAGCUCCUGUAUGUCGGCAUUCGGCCCGUGUUUGUCUUCGAUGGUGGUGCUCCAGUCCUCAAGCGGGAGACAAUCAAUAAGCGGAAAAGAAGGCGGGAGGGACGAAGGGAGGAUGCAUCCAGAACUGCUGGCAAGCUACUCGCGAUUCAGAUGCAAAGAAUUGCCGAAGAAGAAGCCGAAGAACGGAGACAAAGCAAAAAGCGUGGCCGAGCAGACGAAGAAGACAUUGGUGCCCCGGUAUACGCCGAAGAGGCCCUUUUGACAGACAAAGAAAGGCAGCAAAAUCGAAAAUUCAAGAAGACGGAUGCCUAUCAUCUCCCAAAUUUGGAUGUUUCGCUGGAGGAGAUGGGUGCACCGAAUGACCCUCGAAUUAUGUCACAAGAAGAGCUGGAGGAAUAUGCAAGACACUUUCACCAGGGGCAAGAUAUCAACCUCUAUGACUUCUCCAAAAUCGACUUUGACAGCCCGUUCUUCCUCAGCCUCCCAGCCACCGAUCGCUACAACAUCCUCAAUGCGGCUAGACUCCGAAGUAGACUGAGGAUGGGUUAUUCGAAGGAGCAGCUAGAUGUCAUGUUCCCAAACCGCAUGGACUUCUCCAGAUUUCAAAUCGAGCGAGUGGCAGAACGAAAUGAUCUCACGCAACGACUUAUGAACAUCAACGGCAUGAAUGGGGAGGAGGCGUUCUAUAAAUCUGGGCAGCGUAUUGCGGGCGAACGUGGCAGGGAAUAUGUCCUCGUUAAGGAUAGUCAGCAUGCAGGAGGCUGGGUUCUUGGUGUGGUGGGGAACAGAGAUGAGGGACAAGAGGAUAAACCGAUUGAUGUGGAUAAACUUGGCUUGCCAGAGGUAUUGUCUGGGUCAGAUGAUUCAGAUGAAGAGUUUGAAGAUGUGCCCAUCGAGGGUCUCAACCGCCUACCUAAGUUGCCUUUUCUUCAAGAGGGUAUCUUUGAUUCGUCGCUUCAACAAUCACGCGAAGAAUCUGACAUGAGAAGGGCUCUAGAAGAAUCUCGAAGGCAAGAGGCUGAAAAUGACUCCCUUUUCGUACCAAACGAAGGCUCUCUGCCACAGAGUCAAAACCACAAUAUUGAUGAUUACUUUGAGGAUGACGAAGACGAUGAACUUCAGAAAGCCAUAUCCCUAUCUAUGCAGAUACACGAACAUGACGAUGAGAUGCCCGAUAUUCCAAUUAAUCGACCGAUGAACAAAAUGACAGACAACGAAGCCGUGCCAGAUCCAAUACUUACUGACAGUGACGACGACGGGAUGGAUUUUGCAGCUGCAGUGGCACAAACCAAAGUCUCUACGAACAAACCUCGACCACAGAAUCCAUUUGACGGGCCUCUCCCAUUCGAGUCAAUCAAAGUGACCAAAGUACAUAAGGACAACCAAUCCGCCCAAGUUGACGAGAAUGCGGGUGGCUUCUUGAAGGAUUCAUCCCAGAAGAAGAAGGAGCCUCUACCACCAUGGUUUGUAGGCGCGAAAUUGAAUGAGGAAUUCAUUUCAGAUCAAAGCUUUGAGAACCCUAGAGAUCAGGAGGAGUCAAAUGACCCUGAUCAUCUCUUUCUGUCUAAUCGCCGACCACCGGAGGUCAUCGAUGUUGAUGAGAUGUCGGACACCAAAGAAGUUGUUCAACUGGACGAAGAUCUACAAUACGAACAUUGCGCAGACUCAAAUGUGCUAGAGUUGAAGCCUACUGAAAACGCGGAAAUCCUGAAUCCAGAGACUGUCAUUGCCGGCUUCCACGAAGAGCCAACCCUCGAGGAGAAUAGAGAAACAAGAAUAAGUGAGCCUCCCAUUGAGUUAUCCUCCGAAGCGGAAUUCGAAGAUAUCGCCCCCUCACUCUCGAAGCCUCCCGGGCUUAGAGCUCCGGAUGAACCCUGGUCGCCAGGCGAGAAAGCUGUUGUUGGCAACGCGCAACACAAAGAAGCCGGACAAUCCGAGGAUUCUCCUGAGCCAGAAUUCGAAGACGUCAUGGCUGAACCUCCCCAAGGCCCAGAAAUCACGGUCGUCUCGCAUGCCGCGGUUUCUAAUGAGCGUGCCGAGACACGCCAAGAGCCUGUCCAUAAUGAGUCAAACAUGGAAGACGAUGGGGACUUCAGUGACGCUGAAGACGAAGAGCUUAUGCAACAGCUUGCUGAGGAAUCUGAAGAGCAUGUCAGGUUUGCCCAGACUUUGAAUUCUGCUGCACCUAUUCAGACCGCACUUGACUACGAGCAAGAGCUUAAGCAGUUACGGAAUCAGCAACAGAAAGACCGACGUGACGCGGAUGAGGUUACCCAAAUCAUGAUCAACGAGUGUCAGCAAUUGCUCAAACUCUUUGGGCUACCCUAUAUCACAGCACCUAUGGAGGCCGAGGCCCAGUGCGCCGAGCUCGUGUCGUUGGGACUUGUGGAUGGUAUCGUUACCGACGACAGCGAUACUUUUCUGUUUGGUGGGACCCGAGUAUACAAGAACAUGUUCAACCAAAGCAAAUACGUUGAAUGCUACCUGACCUCCGAUUUUGAAAAAGAAUACUCCCUUCACCGCAAAAAGCUUAUCAGCUUCGCCCAUCUUUUAGGGAGUGAUUACACUGAGGGUAUUGCCGGUAUUGGACCGGUGACGGCACUAGAAAUAGUGACCGAGUUCUCGAGUCUGGAGGAAUUCCGUGACUGGUGUUCGCAACUUCAGAUGGGCAUAAAUGACCCUAAAGACAAACACGUUGCUUUCCGGAAGAAAUUCCGCAAGAAGGCGUCAAAGAUAUUUUUACCUCCUUCAUUCCCCGAUGAGCGCGUUGAGGCUGCUUACCUCGAACCGGAGGUCGACUCUGAUCCCUCGCAGUUCCAAUGGGGUGUGCCAGACUUGAACGGCUUGAGAGGAUUUCUCAUGUCGACUAUUGGCUGGAGUCCAGAGCGGACAGACGAGGUGCUAGUACCUGUGAUCCGAGAUAUGAAUCGCAGGGAACAAGAAGGUACCCAGUCAAACAUCACACAGUUCAUGCCGGGCCCUCAAGGUGCCGGAGCAUUUGCACCUCGAGUCCGUAAUGGCGGUGUGAGUCGCAUGGAAAAAGCAUUUGGCCGCCUACAACAACAAGCUCAGAUAGCCCAGGGUUCUACCUCCAACGAGCCAGUGGGUGAUGUUGCCGACCCCACAUCGACGUCCACAAAGAAAAAGAGUACAUCGAGUAAAACGGAUAGGAGCGCAAAUAAGAAACAGAAGACUCGCGCCACUUCCAAGACGUCAUAG